AAGCAAUAGCUUUUCCUUCUCCAUCAUCUUCUCUCUAAACCCAAACCCAAUUCUGGUUAUCUCUUUCUCUUUCUACCCAUUUUCUUCUUCCACAGCAAAAGCUGAAAAUCCCAUCCCACCACUAGUGCAACUCCACCACCUGUACUGCUACAGAUUGAUUGAUUUCUUUUCCCUUCACUACCAACAGCACCAAGAUAUAGUCUAACCCCCCCAAGAAGAAGAAUAUGUUGGAUAGUACUGCUCCUUCUUCCUCAUCUGAUCCUUUCAACCCCUUAGAAAAUGGGGCCACCCAGAAAAGAAAAAGAAAACCAGCCGGUACCCCAGAUCCAGAUGCGGAGGUGGUUUCUCUAUCGCCUAAGACGUUACUGGAAUCGGACCGGUACGUGUGUGAGAUCUGUAACCAAGGGUUUCAGAGGGACCAGAACCUUCAAAUGCAUCGGAGAAGGCACAAGGUACCGUGGAAGUUGUUGAAAAGGGAAACCCAAGAGGUGAAGAAGAGGGUGUUUGUGUGUCCUGAGGCGACUUGCUUGCACCAUGACCCAUGUCAUGCUCUCGGAGAUCUUGUCGGUAUAAAGAAGCAUUUUAGAAGGAAACACAGCAAUCAGAAGCAGUGGGUCUGCGAAAAGUGCUCCAAAGGGUACGCCGUUCAGUCCGAUUACAAGGCUCAUCUCAAGACUUGUGGCACCAGGGGCCAUUCUUGCGACUGCGGCAGAGUCUUUUCCAGGGUGGAGAGUUUCAUAGAGCACCAGGAUGCGUGUACUGUCCGGCGAGUCCAGCCGGAGAUGCAGGCGAUGCAGACAGCUGCUUGCUCGUCUCGAUCAGCAUCCAGCACCAGUCCCUCAAGUGAAGCCAAUUUUAGCAUAUCUGCUCCGUUGGCAGGGAUGCCAAUGCCAAAGCCAACAAAUGAGCCUGUAUUUUUAUACAAUCAUGCUUCUAGUUCAAAUCAGCAGCAACAUAAUCUUGAACUUCAGCUCCUACCAUCUUCAAGCGCUCGGAAUUCAGACAACAACUAUGCUACCAAUUUGAAGCUCUCCAUAGGAUCAAGUGAUGUUAGCGCCGGUGGAAAUGAUGAAAAGGCGAAAAACAAUGGGAGUUCGGAUGCUAAUAGAGAGAAUAGUGUUGAAGAAGUGCACGCACUGGAAGCAUUGAGGUUUAAAGAGUUUGCAGGUGAGCAACUGAAGUUGGCCAUGGCAGAGAAGAGUUAUGCUGAGGAGGCUAGGAGAGAAGCAAAGAGGCAGAUUGAGAUGGCUGAGCUCGAGUUCGAAAGUGCCAAGAGGAUAAGGCAACAAGCGCAAGCUGAGCUUGAAAAGGCUCAUUUUUUGAAAGAGCAAGCAACGAAGAAGAUCAGUGCAACUAUCAUGCAGAUCACUUGCCAAGCUUGCAAGCAACAGUUCCAAACACCAGCAGGCAUCACUUCGACACCCGCCGAUGAGACAUCUCUUGCUAUGAGUUACAUGUCCUCUGCCACAACGGAGGGGGAAGGAGAGUAAUGAACUUUAGCAUCUUAAUCCAACAUAUCUCUUUAUAUUUUUAAGCAAAACCUCUGAUCUUCUUUUUUGUGUUUAUGCAUGUUGAUUUUCUGUUUCUAUAUCAACCCAAUAUGCUGUGGUCCUUGAAUUGAUUUUAAUAUAUCUUCAUUUGUUUAAAGAAAAAAGAAAACAUAGAUGACCAUCAUGCAUCAUGGGUUCAUUUAAUAUGUCUCUCUGCAUAAGAUUCUAUGAAAAAAAAAAAUCGAUGUAUGAUAUGUCUCUCCUGCUAGAAGCAUGUGAAUGUGUUUAAAGUUCUUGUACUUAGAAAAAUUUAAUUAAAUUUAGGCUUGGAA